AUGGAGAACACUAAUGCAAGGAAUGUAGAUGAGUCAGAAUCUUUUAAUGCCAGAAUAGAUCGGUUAGAAAAAAUGGUGGAAGCUUUAACUGGGUUGGUGAGACAACAGCAAGAGCAAAACCAACAACAGAGACAACCAUUUCCGCCUCCUCCACCACCACCUGUGCAAAUGGAACCGAUUAAUAAUGAUGAUGUUAUCACCUUGACACAGAAAUACAAGAAACUAAAACCACCAGAAUUUGCAGGGGGAAUUGAACCAUUAAAAGCGGAAGCAUGGGUAUUAGAAACUGAAAAGAUUUUCGAAGUGUUUCCGUGUACAGAUGUCUAUAAAGUUUUGUUGGCAACAUUUACUCUGACAGAAGAAGCUCGAAGAUGGUGGAUGCUCGUACGAGGUGAGAAUAGGGACUUAACAUGGGAUCGAUUCAAAGAGACGUUUUAUGAAAAAUAUUUUCCACAAUGUAUGCGAGAUAGGAAGAUAUCUGAAUUUGAACAGUUGAAGCAAGACACUAUGUCAGUAGCAGAAUAUGAGAGUAAAUUUACUGAAUUAGCCCGUUAUGCUCCUCAUAUGGUUUAUACAGAUUACAAGAAGACAAGGAAAUUUGAGGGUGGCUUACAUGUUGAGCCAACAACAAUGACCGAAGCAGAAAGUAAGAAAUUCAAGAAACAGAAAGUAGAAACAGUUAGUGAAUCCAUAGGCUCCGUGAAUGAAAAUUUGACUUCAAAGUUUAGUGACAACACAAAAAGGGAAAGUGGUGGCAGUGUAGGUGUACCUACUUGUAAGGAAUGUGGGAAGCAACAUUGGGUUAUUUGUCGCCGUGGAACUGGAGUCUGUUUCAAAUGUUGA